AUGCUUGUCAUUAUAUUUGCUACCCCGAAACAAAUGGAGAGUGUCAAAUGGUUUUUAUUUCACUAUCAUGUUAUAACAUUUUUUAUCGAGUUAACCCUGAACAACCUCAUUGUUCCACUAGUAAUUCUACCAUCUGCUGCAGUAUAUUGCAAUGGAUUCUUAUUGGAUUUAGGUAUCCCGUUCAAAGUGGUCAUGUAUAUAAGCGAUGUUAGCUUUAUUGCACUUUCCUUGUCGAUGCUCAUGAUUUUUGAGAAUCGACAUAGUCAAAUUAUCACUAUCCCAUAUCGGAUGUCGAAAAAAUCUACGAAAGUUAUAUUCUAUGCGAUUCAUUAUGUUCUAUUUCCAUGUUUUCCAAUAGCAUAUUACUAUGGAGAAUUUGAUUUAGACACUGCCAAGUUGGAAAUUCUCCAAAUUAUUCCAUGUCCUGAGCCUCAUUUCUUUGACAAGCGAACACAAAUAAUUACUCUGGACAUGGAAUUGUUUGGAAUGAUUAGUGGAUUGAUUAUGUUGUAUUUCACAAUUAUUAUCCAGUUUUUUGCACUUCAAAGUGGCUACUACCUUCUGAAAAAGACAACGACUCACAUCAGCGACUCGAUGAGGAGCAUGCAACGAAAAUUUUUCCUCAUUUUAUCUAUACAGGUAGCCGUACCCGUACUAUUUAUGUUGAUUCCAAAUAUUAUUUACUACAGUGCAGAGACAGUGGAUCAGUUCGUUAGCACGAUGACUGUUCUUUUUGUCAGUUUUCAUGGGAUUGUUUCAAGUGUCAUAUUGAUUGUUCUGCAUAAGCCAUACAGAGAUUUCACAUGGAAUAACUCGCUUGGAAGAUGUAUUGCCAACUCGCGUAACACGUUGUCAGAUCAAAGUGUUAAGCCGAAUACUGUUACAAUGUUCUAA